GAAUACAACCAGGUCCUCAUUCCAAAGUUACCAGAGUCAUCGUUCAUCAAUGGAUUCUUUCUUCUAGUCUUUCCCAAUUUCUCCCCUUCUUCCAUCCGCCUUUGAUCAUCUAAUUCCCCUUACCUUUUCACCCUCCGAUCACCAGAAAAAGAGCAAAAGGGUUUGAUCAAUCAGUGCUGGACGGUUUUUGAUCAAUCUGUUAAAGUAGUGGAAGCUAAAGAUGUGGGCAGCUACAUGCCUAGCGUCAUGCUGCGCCGGGUGCGCCUGCGACGCCUGCCGGACGGUGGUGUCCGGAAUCAGCCGUAAAUCGGCUCGGAUUGCCUACUGUGGCCUCUUUGCGUUAUCGUUAAUCGUUUCUUGGAUUCUUAGAGAAGUUGCUGCACCUCUCAUGGAAAAAAUCCCCUGGAUUAAUCAUUUCCAUCAAACACCGGAUAGAGAGUGGUUUGAAACAGAUGCUGUGUUGCGAGUUAGUUUGGGAAACUUCUUAUUUUUCACGAUUCUAGCUGUCUUCAUGAUGGGCAUAAAAAACCAGAAGGAUCCUCGGGAUAGUGUGCACCAUGGCGGAUGGAUGAUAAAGAUCAUUUGUUGGUGUCUUCUUGUGAUUUUGAUGUUUUUUGUUCCAAAUGAAAUCAUUAGCUUCUAUGAGACAACAUCAAAGUUUGGUGCGGGAUUCUUUCUUCUUGUUCAAGUUGUGCUUUUGUUGGACUUUGUUCAUGGAUGGAAUGCCAAAUGGGUCGGCUAUGAUGAGAAGUUUUGGUAUAUGGCUUUGCUCGUCAUCUCUCUUGUGUGCUAUGUGGCAACUUUUGCCUUCUCUGGGCUUCUCUUCUAUCUUUUUACUGCUUCUGGACAUGACUGUGGGCUCAACACUUUCUUUAUUGUGAUGACUCUGAUCUCUGUGUUUGCAUUUGCUGUGGUGACACUACAUCCAUCAGUUGGUGGGAGCAUCUUGCCUGCUUCAGUUAUUUCAUUGUACUGCAUGUAUCUCUGCUAUAGUGGACUUGCCAGCGAACCAAGGGAUUAUGAGUGCAAUGGCCUUCACAAGCAUUCAAAAGCUGUUUCCACUAGCACACUAACUAUUGGUCUACUCACCACUGUGCUCUCUGUUGUUUACUCUGCUGUUCGGGCUGGAUCUUCUACAACCUUGCUCUCCCCCUCCCCUCCAAGCUCACCCCGGGCAGGGAAACCAUUAUUACCAUUAGACAAGGCAGACAAAGAGGAGGAGAAAGAAAAGGCCAAGCCAGUUACAUAUUCGUAUUCCUUCUUCCACUUGAUCUUUUCACUUGCUAGCAUGUACUCUGCAAUGCUCCUUACAGGAUGGUCAACUUCAGUGGGAGAGAGCGGGAAGUUGGUUGAUGUGGGGUGGCCAUCUGUUUGGGUCCGAAUUGUAACAGGUUGGGCAACCGCUGCGUUGUUCCUGUGGUCACUGGUUGCACCUAUUUUAUUCCCAGAACGCGAGUUCUGAUUUAUUGUUCGGAUACUUGGUGGCUGUCUGUGUAAAUGUUUGCAAUGACUGUUGUGGGAAGUCAAACAUGUAAUCACCUCGUUUAGUAGAAAGCAGAAUGUCGUACGGUUGUGCUGCAUUAAUGUGUUGAAAGCUGUGGAUGGAUGGCUUUAAAUCUCGCAGUGGAAAAAUUGUUUAAGCUUGUGUUCAUUACUUGUUGAGAGUUGAAUUUUGAUUUUGAUC